CACGACUGCCUUCACAUUUUGAGGCUGCUCAAAGUGAAACAUGAGUCUGGCAUGUCUGGUGUGCCAUAGUGUGGAAAGCCCAUCACAUUCCUUCAGAAGUUACUCCGCUUCAAGUUCUGACAAUGAUGGAAGAUGUUCUGCGAUUGCCACUUGCUUGAUCAAGAAGAUAUCGCUUGGCCACCCCACUGCCAAUGGUGGCAUCACAACCUCUAAAGUGACCCCUCAGCCUACUGAGACAAGUAAUGGCAUGACAGGCCCCCCACGGCUCGUUAGAAGUCGUGCUGUGAGGAGGGAUAUAGUCAGAGACUGGAACUUUGAUGAGGUUGCGUUGGAGCGUUAGUCCAGUAAUUGGAAUGUAGGUGCAGGAGACACAUUAUGCUUUUUACAUUUUAGUGUUAAGUCAGAUAGAAUUUUGAAUUCAGUCAUUUGAAUCUAGUUUUGGGUGCAAAUGUUUUUGAAUUCAGUCAUUUGAAUCUAGUUUUGGGUGCAAAUGUCGCAUUACCCAGGAUUUUCUAUAUAAAUUUAUCUGUUGAUAUUCC